GACCAAAAGACUUCCGCCAACAAUUUUUUGACGCGACUCAAACAUCCACCGAUUGUUUCUUAACGGCGUUGCUAAUUAAGAGAUCUUUACCUCCUCUUCUUGUAGUAAAGACACUGAACAGGCUCUUUAUUUGCUCUAGAAAAAGACAAACGCGCCUUCCUCACGACAAGUUUGCUCGAGACUGCACCUUCCCCAGCCUCACAAACUCGAAUAUCCUAGGUUUCUCCUUGCCCCGGAACAAUGGCGUCCUCCACACCCACGCGUCGUGUGCUCAGUGACCUCAAUGUCAACACACCCACUGCCCGAGCUGCUAUGCAGCCAUCCAAACUCGAAGCCGGUAGUUCUGUGAAGCUGCGAAACGUGGGAGAUAUAUAUUUCCAAGCAGAAAGUAGACAAGAUGCGAGGGGUGCUGUGGGGGGAGCUGCGGUUAGCCAGGAGACUUGGAUGGGUAGCAACAAGAGAUGCUCGGAUGUCUCGACGGACGGACUCCCAAGCAAGCGAGUUAAGACGACUUCUAGACCUAAGGUUGUUAGCGAAAGAGUUCUACCCGAUCCAAGAGGCGGACAAACCUUCCGGAGUGGCAUUGAUGAUGCCCCAGUCCUUCAAUCCCCACCAUCGCGACAAACUGUGGCACAUGAUACUCAAAGCUCGCCGUCUGCUGCUUCAUCCCCAGCAUCUUCCUUAGGUUCGCGUCAAACUGGCCUCGAUGACUCGCAGAACACAACCAUCACUGAGCCCGAUGACGUUCCUCUCCCUGCUGCACUACUUGUCCCAACACUCGCUCGCUCUGUCUCGGUCCCAUUGACGAUGGAGGAGAUCCGCGAGAAAGCUGAAGCGCUCAGGCUGCGAUUGAAGCUGGCUAGCUACAAGGUCCGAACCAACCAAAUUGACGUCCCUCUAUCUCGCCUUCAAAUCAAGACGUUGAGUUCCACAUCACCAGAACUCCCUCGCCUUCCACGUGUAGCCAACACCUCGCAACGCCGUAUUCCACUCCCUUCAAGCUCGACUAUCCUGCCAGAGGCGCAGAUCCAAACACCUUCUGCAGAGAAGAGACCAGUAAACCACGCCAGAAUCGCCUCCUCGCCACCCCCCUACCUAGAAAUCACCAAGCAUUCCCCAACCAAGGACAGCGACGCGACGCGUGGAGGUGAAAAUGAAGGCUGCACUACCCCUAUCCUCCCACGUCAACGCCAAGGCAUGCUCCACCCUCCCCAACUGGGCAGUCCAAUCUGGAACGAAGUCACGAGCAGUGUUGUGAAGAGCCGUGCUGCCAAUGGACUCUUGGAGCUGAUGCGCCAGCAGAACUAAAUUCUUUCGUUUGCAAGAUAUGCAUUGUCCGAGGACACGACUCCAUGGUGAGGCUCGCUACGGUCUCUUCUCUCCUCUCUCCAUUCAUCACGGUCCAGACAGCGUGUCAUGGGAAGUUAUUGUUCGGGUUCUUGCAUUGCAUGGGAGGGGUUCCUCUUCACUGUAUAAAGUCUUCAGAAACCUUUGUGUAUAAUUUUAAGGCGUGGCAGAGGGAUGAUUGCAU